ACGGUUUGUGAAGUACAUUGAAAGUGAAAGUGGCAAAGUCGAACGGAAGGAAUCAACAUCGGCAGUGUUUUUAACAUUACAAUCAACAACGGAGACUAAGACUCUGUAUCACACACAAAGAAGAAUUUAGAAUUUAGCAGUCUACUCAUCAGACCAUCUUCUGGAGAAACUCAGAUAUUGUUAACUUUCAAGAUUUAGGAGAAAAAACAAGAUAAAAUGGGACAAUCAGGAUCAAAGUCUUCAAUGCCAGUGCAUGCACCAAAAUUGGAACAACCAUGGAGAAACUUUGAUUGGAAACAGAAAGCUAAGCUGAAAAAACGUCUAGAGGAGUUCCAUGUGUGUAAUCCAGAUGUAAAGGAGAUCAAGAUUCUGAUCGCUGGACAGAUUGGGGCAGGAAAGUCCAGCUUUAUCAAUUCUGUCAAUAAUGUUUUUCAAGAGCGGAUCACCUCAAGUGCACUAGCAGAUGCAAAUACUGCCUAUAGUUUCACAAAAAGACUCCAAACACAUCGCAUCAGAAGUGGAGAUGUUACUUUACCCUUUGUCAUGAAGGACAUAAUGGGCUUAGAAUCUGACACAAUGUUCGGGUUACAAAUAGAAGACAUUAUCCAUACCAUAUUUGGUCAUGUAACAGAUGGCUAUAAGUUUCAUGAGGAUAAGCCACUCUCUAUGAAGGAUCCAUAUUACAAGAGCGACCCUUCUCUCGCUGACCAAUCUUUCUGCUUGGUUUACGUCAUAGCUGCAGAUACAAUUGAGCUGAUAGAUGAGCAACUUUUUCAGAAAUUGAGGUUAAUCCGCAAGAGAAUCAGUGAAAUGGGCAUUCCCCAGGUAAUUAUCUUGACCAAGGUUGAUCAAGCAUGUCCACUGGUUUGGAGUGAUCUAAAAAAAAUCUAUUACAGCAAGAAAAUUAAAGAAAAGGUGGAAAAGUGUUGUAUUAAAGUUGGUGUGCCAAUGUGCAACAUCUUCCCCGUGAAGAACUACCAUAAUGAGAUUGACACUGAUGAUGAUGUUGAUGUUCUGAUUCUAAAAGCAUUUGAUCAAAUUGUAUUUCUCGCCAAUGAAAGACUACGAAUGGAAGAAUAUAACUCAUUUAUGCCUUUGUAUGCAUCAACUUCUAAACAGGUAAAAAGCCACAUGGAACUGCAGUGUAAGGACUCAAAACCUGUAGUUUCAGUGGAAGCCUCCUUAGAACUGGAAAAACCAUGGAGAAAAUUUGACUGGGGGCAAAAGGAAAUGCUCAAACGACGGCUGGAAAACUUUUCUGUGAAAAAUCCAGAUGUUAAAAAUGUCAGGAUCCUGGUAGUUGGACAAAUUGGAGCAGGAAAGUCCAGCUUUAUAAACUCUGUCAGCAGCGCCUUUCAAGGAGAGAUUAUUAAUGAAGCACUUGCUGAUGCCACUGCUGGUGCAAGUAAAAGUUUCACAAAAAAACUCAGUACAUAUACAAUCAGUAAUGAAUGUGGAAAGGAGUUGCCUUUUGUCUUCAGUGAUAUAAUGGGCUUAGAAGCUAAGAUGUUGCAUGGGUUGCCAGUAGAAGAUGUCAUUAGCACCAUACUUGGCCAUGUAAUGGAGGACUAUAAGUUCAAAGAAGACAAUCCAAUCCCUUCCGGGGAUGAACUUUACAACCCAAACCCUUCUAUCUCAGAACAGAUUUUCUGCCUGCUUUAUGUCAUAGCUGCAGAUACAGUUCAAGUUAUAGAUGACCAACUUUAUGCCAAGUUGAAAAUCAUCCGGGAAAGAGUCAGUGAAAUGGGACUUCCUCAAGUGAUUGUCAUGACCAAAGUUGAUGAAGCGUGUCCACUAGUGAAGAAUGAUCUAAAGAAGAUCUACACUAGCAAGAAGAUUAAAAUGCUGAUGGAGUUGUGCAGUGGAACAGUUGGUGUGCCGAUGAACAGCAUCUUUCCAGUGAAGAACUAUCAUAAUGAGAUUGACACUGAUGAUGAUAUGGAUGUUCUGAUUCUAAAAGCACUGGAUCAGAUUGUGCGUUCAGCUAAUGAACAAGUGAAGAAAGGUGCUUUGAAAUAA